AAAGCGGGGCGGAGUGACGUGGGGGCGUGCUAGGGGGAAACGUGCUUGGACUAGGGGUCAGGAGCGCCGGCCAGUCUAGGAGUUGUAGUUCCAGGUCGUUGUGAGGCGCGCGCCUGGAGGAAGUGGCUGGAGAAGGCGGGCGGAAGCUCCAACCAAGGUACUGGGUUCGGUGCUGAGGCGGCGGCGGCACGGAAAAAGCUCAGUGACUGAAGCUCCAAAGGCCAGCAGGCUGGUGGGACGUGACCGAACGGAGGCUCUAGUUCCCUUCCUGUGGGUGCCAGGUGGGCCUCGCCUUUGCCCUCCCCGGGAUGCGCCGGCACCUGGGAAGCGGCUGCGGGCGCGAAGCCUAAGGAUGAUCUUCCCUGUCGCUCGCUACGCGCUCUGGUGUCUGAGACGGCCCGGAGGCCGUGCCUUUUCCCGCGCCGCCAUGGAGGUGGCCCUCCGAGGGGUGCGGAAAGUCCUCUGUGUGGCCGAGAAGAACGACGCGGCCAAGGGGAUUGCCGAUCUGCUGUCCAACGGUCGCAUGAGGCGGAGAGAAGGACUUUCAAAAUUCAACAAGAUCUAUGAAUUUGAUUAUCACCUGUACGGCCAGAAUGUUACCAUGGUAAUGACUUCAGUUUCUGGACAUUUACUGGCUCAUGAUUUCCAGAUGCAGUUUCGAAAAUGGCAGAGCUGCAACCCUCUUGUCCUCUUUGAAGCAGAAAUUGAAAAGUACUGCCCAGAGAAUUUUGUUGACAUCAAGAAAACUCUGGAGCGAGAGACUCGCCAGUGCCAGGCUUUGGUGAUCUGGACUGACUGUGAUAGAGAAGGUGAAAACAUUGGUUUUGAGAUUAUCCACGUAUGUAAGGCGGUAAAGCCCAGUCUGCAGGUGUUGCGAGCCCGAUUCUCUGAGAUUACACCCCAUGCUGUCAGGACAGCCUGUGAAAACCUGACCGAGCCUGAUCAGAGGGUGAGCGAUGCUGUGGAUGUGAGGCAGGAGCUGGACCUGAGGAUCGGAGCUGCCUUUACUAGGUUCCAGACCCUGCGGCUUCAGAAGAUUUUUCCUGAGGUGCUGGCAGAGCAGCUCAUCAGUUAUGGCAGCUGCCAGUUCCCCACACUUGGCUUUGUGGUGGAGCGGUUCAAAGCCAUUCAGGCUUUUGUACCAGAAAUCUUCCACAGGAUUAAAGUAACUCAUGACCACAAAGAUGGUAUCGUAGAAUUCAACUGGAAAAGGCAUCGACUCUUUAACCACACGGCGUGCCUAGUUCUCUAUCAGUUGUGUAUGGAGGAUCCCAUGGCAACUGUGGUAGAGGUCAGAUCUAAGCCCAAGAGCAAGUGGCGGCCUCAAGCUUUGGACACUGUGGAGCUUGAGAAACUGGCUUCUCGAAAGUUGAGAAUAAAUGCUAAAGAAACCAUGAGGAUUGCUGAGAAGCUCUACACUCAAGGGUACAUCAGCUAUCCCCGAACAGAAACAAACAUUUUUCCCAGAGACUUAAACCUGACGGUGUUGGUGGAACAGCAGACCCCCGAUCCACGGUGGGGGGCCUUUGCCCAGAGCAUUCUAGAGCGGGGUGGUCCCACCCCACGCAAUGGGAACAAGUCUGACCAAGCUCACCCUCCCAUUCACCCAACCAAAUACACCAACAGCUUACAGGGAGAUGAACAGCGACUGUAUGAGUUUAUUGUUCGCCAUUUCCUGGCUUGCUGCUCCCAGGACGCUCAGGGGCAGGAGACCACAGUGGAGAUCGACAUCGCUCAGGAACGCUUUGUGGCCCAUGGACUCAUGAUUCUGGCCCGAAACUAUCUGGACGUGUAUCCAUAUGAUCACUGGAGUGACAAGAUCCUCCCUGUCUACGAGCAAGGCUUCCGCUUUCAGCCCAGCACUGUAGAGAUGGUGGAUGGGGAGACCAGCCCGCCCAAGCUGCUCACCGAGGCCGACCUCAUUGCCCUCAUGGAGAAGCACGGCAUUGGUACAGAUGCCACUCACGCAGAGCACAUCGAGACCAUCAAAGCCCGGAUGUACGUGGGGCUCACCCCAGACAAGCGAUUCCUCCCUGGGCACCUGGGCAUGGGACUUGUGGAAGGUUAUGAUUCCAUGGGCUAUGAGAUGUCUAAGCCUGACCUCCGGGCUGAACUGGAAGCUGAUCUGAAGCUGAUCUGUGAGGGCAAGAAGGACAAAUUUGUGGUUCUAAGGCAGCAAGUGCAAAAAUACAAGCAGGUUUUCAUUGAAGCAGUGGCUAAAGCAAAGAAAUUGGAUGAGGCCUUGGCCCAGUACUUUGGGAAUGGAACAGAGGUGGCCCAGCAGGAAGAGAUCUACCCAGCCAUGCCAGAGCCUAUCAGGAAGUGCCCACAGUGCAACAAGGACAUGGUCCUCAAAACCAAGAAGAACGGCGGGUUCUACCUCAGCUGCAUGGGUUUCCCAGAGUGUCGCUCAGCCAUGUGGUUUCCUGACUCGGUGCUGGAGGCCAGCAGGGAUGGCAGUGUGUGUCCAGUUUGUCAGCCACACCCUGUGUACAGGUUGAAGUUAAAGUUUAAGCGUGGUAGCCUUCCCCCGACCAUGCCUCUGGAGUUUGUUUGCUGCAUCGGAGGAUGUGAUGAGACCCUGAGGGAGAUCCUGGACCUAAGAUUUUCACGGGGCCCCCCAAGGGCUAGCCAGCCCUCUGGCCGCCUGCAGGCCAACCAGUCCCUGAACAGGAUGGACAGCAGCCACCACCCCCAGCCUUCUGACGGCAGACAGACUGGGCCCUCAAGGGCUCUGGCCUGGACCCUCCCACCACCCACGGCUGCCGGUGAAAGCAACUCAGUGACCUGCAACUGUGGCCAGGAGGCUGUGCUGCUCACUGUCCGUAAGGAGGGCCCCAACCAGGGCCGGCAAUUCUUUAAGUGCAACACGGGUAGCUGCAACUUCUUCCUGUGGGCAGACAGCCCCAAUCUGGGAGCAGGAGAGCCGCCCACCUCAGCAUAUAGACCCUUAGGUGGCUCGCUGGGACGCCCACCAGGUCCAGGGACCCACCUGGGUGGGUUUGGCAACCCUGGUGAUGGCAGUGGUAAUGGCAUAUCCUGCCUGUGUAGCCAGCCCACCGUCAAACGGACUGUGCAGAAGGAUGGGCCCAAUAAGGGGCGCCAGUUCCACACAUGUGCCAAGCCGAGAGAGCAACAGUGUGGCUUCUUCCAGUGGGUCGAUGAGAACAUGGCUCCAGGGACUUCUGGAGCCCUGCCCUGGACAAGAGGCAGAGGAGGAACCCUAGGGUUGGAGGCCAGAAGCAAAAGGCCCCGGGCCAGUUCCUCAGACAUGGGAUCCACAGCAAAGAAACCCCGGAAAUGCAGCCUUUGCCACCAGCCUGGACACACCCGUCCCUUUUGUCCUCAGAACAGAUGAGGGCAGGAUAGGGUAGAGCAAACCACUUUCUCAGACCUGUCCCCUUUGUGUUGGGAAAUGAGUUAACCAGGCCCAAGUGGCCAUUCAGUGUCCUGGAAACUUGGAGAACACUGUUGGCCUUUGGAGUUGGGCCUUCCUGUGUUAAGAAGCACAAGAUCCAGACCACUCUCCAGGUCAGCUCUGCUGGACAGUGACUCUCUGCCCAGGCCUUAGGAGUGAUCAUAGCCACUGCUGAAAAGUCAGAAGUUUGCUCCCUCAAACCCCCCAAAGAUGGUCACUGUUAGCAGAGGACUGGUGCAGUCCCACCUGAAGCCCACUGAGUGGCCAACUAAGAAGCUCCCAGGGCUGCUUCCUGCACCUCCAGAAAGCCCCAAGUGAGCAGCCAGCCCUCAUGGAGCAGGCCCUAUCCAGGCUGCCCCGGACUUCUCUCCAUAGAUGUUCUGAGGAGCAUGGUGUAAUGCAAGGAGGUGGCUGUGGUAACAUUGAUCCUGCAGAAGAAGCUUUAUUGUCUAUCUCAGUUAAGCCAGGACACCCAGAAUUCACUGCCUUAAUAAAGAAUCCAGGCUGGGUGCGGUGGCUCA